AUGCAGGCUCGACUGUCCCAUCCACCUGAGCCCACCGGCUUCUUCGCUAUUCAUGGCUCUGACCUGACACCGGGUCCAGGUAUGGGAGAAGGGUCGAGUGCGGUCGAUGCAGCGCAAGUCUACAUUCAUCAUAAACAGAACUGACGGAGAUUUGCACAAUGCCUGACGCACGCAGGUAUGCACGUGAGUCUCCGUGACCAGAUUUGCUGAAUCCCUGUUUGCGGGUAGAUGCGUGAUCAACACCGACUCCAUCGACGCCGAAUAGUGCAACGUGCUCAUAAUCCGCAUGAAUGGAACUCCCCUCAAAUGCGUGAACAAAUGUCUACCCGCGCAUUCCAAUCUCAAGAAGCUUCAAGAUUGACGAAGGAAUUGCAGUUGAGUUCUUGAAAGUCAUCUAUGUUAUCGGCCAUUUGCAGAACUACAUCUAAAAUCACUGUCGCCACCAUCAACGUUGCUACUUCUACUAUUACAACCACUGUCAUCUCCACAAGUACUACUACUACUACUACUACCAUCAUCACAACUACCAAAGUGAACUCAGUUACAAUCCCGCCUAUUGCAAUUAUGCCUUCAAAUCACACAUAAGCUUGGUCGGGCACUUGUGAAUCCAUCACAAUGGGAUCGGCGAAUCGGUGCAGGAUGCAUCAAGAUACAUCCACCACUGCCAACCCACCUGCGUGCAUUGUGUACGGACAUUCAGUGAUCGCAUAGGCCUAUUUGACCAUAUUCGUGUUCCCAAAUGUCCUCACGAAAACACUAUAGUCCAGACCCCAUCAUUAACACCUUUCGUUCUACCUGCACACAUACACACACCCUGAUUGCACUCGAACCUACCCCAUAACACGUGCACCUCUCCGGCACACACUGUGCACUGUUUUUCAGCAAACAUGUGAUUCACGCCGCUAGUGCUGGUAUUGCAGGUAAAAUGUGGCACGUCAGCACACGCAUGCCUCACAAACAGGGGCAACAUGCCUUCCGUUUAAUCAGGUGACUGUUCGACCGUCGUUUCCAACGAUGUCCACCGUGUGUGCUACAACGGGAUAGGAGCAGGGACGGUGACUUGUGCGUGAAUCAGUCUAUAGUGACAGCAGACUUGCUCGCAUCUAUCACACCCUCCCCCACCUGGACCCGGUAUCAUGAUAGAGUCGAGCAGAUGGGAGAAGGGACUAAAACCCAGAAUUAGACGUGCCAUUAUAUUCUCCCUGGCUCACAACGUACACUGACCAAGAUUUUAUACAAAGAGAAAAUUGGGAUGGCUUGAAUUUAAACCUGCGCCGCGGGGGCGUGCCCCUGGGUGUGACGCAACGUUACGAAUGAGUAUCACUAAUAACGCCUGUCAGAGCCCGACCUAGUUGCCGUGUUGAUCCAGCGUCAGCAUCCCGUGUCCCAUCUUAAGAACUAUGUCGUGAUGGCAUGCAUAGAGGGGCCGUUCUACCUUGUCAGCGACUGUAUCCAGUCGCAUCAUCCGUCUUUUGACAGCCUUGUGAAGUCAACUGGUGCGUGGGAAAGCGGAGAAUCACAGUUCGCAGACCGAACCUACACAAACUCAGCCUGUUGUUCCAGCUCUCAGUAAUCCUGACAUAGCAGUCGCUAACGCGACCUCGCAGUUCUAAUCUGCCCCCCCUCCCCCAAAGAGAGGGGGGCAUGCGGCUUGAGCGAACCAGUUGCAUGCAACAGCUUCACCGAGAAUAAAACUUUUUGGCGCCUUUUCCGAUGUCUAUCUGGUUCAUCGGAUCCCAGGGAGGCACAGGCCUGACAUUUGUACCUGCGGUGACUUUUUGACUGUUUGAGCGCAAAAAUCCUGGCUACAGAUGGAGUCCGAGGAAAGUGGGAGCAGUUACAAAAGCUACAACUGACACGUCAGACAAAGCGCUCGAGCAUCGAAUCUUACGAUGUCCACCGCAUGCUCCACAGCAGGGCGAGAGUAGAGAUGGCGACUUACGCAUGAUUUAGUUUAGAAUGAUAGUCGACGUACGCAACAAUUACUGCACUCUAUCCUACUCCCUCCCACCCGGAUCCGGUGAAAAGGCUUCCGUUUGGGUUACCAUGUCAUACACACAGAUUAAGCACUUUACAUCAUAAUUGGGGCAGAAUAUGGGUUCAGCUUCUCUGGUUGACUCUCGCAGACAGAACGCGUUCCCGCUUUGUACUGUUCCGUUGUCAGGGAAACGCAUCGAUGCAUCUUCAUUUUUCGUAUUCAUUUGAAUGCCGCGGUGAUUUCAGAUGUAGAUCUCUAACUGGCCGAUAACCUAAAUGACUUUCAAGAACUCAAAUGCAUUUCCUGCGUCAAUCUUGAAGUUUCUUGAGAUUGGACUGCGCGGGUAGACACAUUUGUUCAGGGGAGUUCCAUUCACGCUGGUUUUGGGGCACGUUGCACUAUUCGGCGUCGAUGGAGUCGGUGUUGAUCACGCAUCUACCCGCAAUCAGGGAUUCAGCAAAUCUGGUCACGGAGACUCACGUGCAUACCUGCGUGCGUCAGGCAUUGUGCAAAUCUCCGUCAGUUCUGUUUAUGAUGAAUGUAGACUUGCGCUGCAUCGACCGCACUCGACCCUUCUCCCAUACCUGGACCCGGUGUCAGGUCAGAGCCAUGAAUAGCGAAGAAGCCGGUGGGCUCAGGUGGAUGGGACAGUCGAGCCUGCAUCCUGACCCUCCACUCCACAUCCCAUGGCAUGCACAUCGAACAACCAGGAUCUGAACCAACUACGAUAGAGGGGGCUGGUACGGCCGAAGCCUCAUCCUAAGCAUGCCGUCACACCUGGCUCGGAUCCCACUGGGUGGAAGUGCGAUAAAGGCCACAUUAAGGAGGAGCAAUUGCAGUCUGACUCUUAGACCACCAGUCGGCCGCACCAUACAAACAUACACAACCCUGGGACUUCUGCGAGAUCCAAGUUAUCCCGUCAGUUGGCAGCCUUUCAUGCCCUUGGCUUUUAGUGUACCGUGAUUGCUUUAAGCGCGUCGGAUUGUUUAUAGUGAGGAAAAUGUGCCGAGCCAUCGAUCUCGCUCACCCUUCUCAUUCCCAGGCCCCAGUCACUGUCUCAGCCGGUCAGUUUGCAGGUGCGACGAACUACAUACGCACUGGCAUGCGUGCCUGGUGCCACUAGGAUAGGCUAAGUACACAUUUAUAAUGAUGGAAUCAUAGAGGCAAGACGUUCUUGACAUUUUUAUUACAAGUAGAUGAGUCGUAGGAUUCAACUCAAGGGAUUUGCUGUGAUCGGCGGUCUGAAGUAGUUUCUAAUCUAUCGGGUUUUCGAGAGGAUCCUCUUUCUCUUGUUCACCAGAAGAUAUUAAGCCGGAUCUACUACGGUAUGCUUUACUGUCAUUUCAUGUUGCAUAUGCCAUACGAACAUGAUCGACAGAGAUGUUUGCAAGGCCGAUCCCAUUUUAGGCUAACUAAGGAGAAUAUUUGAGGCACAUGUAAUGAGUUCCAUGAAGAUGCUUCCAUCACUCUAGCAAAAAAUCGAAUGAGUGCACUGUGGACGGUGUCAAUAGAGCCGGUGCUGAUAACGCAUUUGCCCGCAAAUAGGGAUUUAGGAAAACUGAUUGUGGAGACUGGCGUGUAUACCUGCAUGCGUGAGGCAUUGUGCAGCUUUCAGUCAGUUUUGCAGGCGGAGGAUACGUCGCCACGACAGAUCCCCGCCUUUGGCCUUCAUCAGCAUGGCGGAGAACACAAGACUAAGGAGGUCGGAAGCAGGCACAUAUCUAUGCUUCACCGCAAAUAACGACAAUCAUCAUUUUGUCAUGCGUUGUCGACAGCGACAAGACUGUAGUUUUUGGACGGGAUUACGUUCUCCAGGUGGCAUUUAUAAUAAAAUAAAACUGGUGAUAUGUAUUUGUACGUAGACGUGCUGACUCAGGAAAGAUUGCCCGAAAUUCCGAAAUACGCUUUUAAGUCAAAAAUAUUACUUAGGUUAGAUAGUAAUAUUUAUCGUCGUGCAGCAUAAUUCCACAAUGAUUCAGUUAGGUUAGGAUGCCGGCUUUUUGGAGAAACUUCAUUUCGCUCGCCUCGAAAACUACACUCUGUAAAAAUGACACCUUAGGAAGCAUGAAGAUCUCCUAUGUAUUUUCUGUUCCCUCAUAAGUUCAAAUAUAUUUCAUAGAAAAAGUGCAUAAAAAUAUUCUUUCUUUAACUCGUUUGAAUGAAUAUUGGGUCUUUAAAUUUUGAACUUGAGGGGUUGCUGUAAUUUUGUAUUUAAAAGUUUCUAAUUGUGAGAUUUUUCAAUACCGUGACUUUUUCGUUCACUAACCCUUCUGUCUCUGCGUUUACUAAUGCUGAUGAUAAAGUUUACAAUACUGCUAAAUUCUAUCGCUAAAUUUUGUGAAUCUCAUUUGGUCUCCUCUUAAUACUAUAGGGAAAUGUAUAGUUUUCCGUACACGGAAUAAUCACAACUUGUAGUUGGCAAACCCUAAAUGCAAGUAUGCCUGCAGGUCGGGUUCAAAUUUACUCGGGAAUUGGAAAAGUUUUUAAACCGAUUUAUACACUUUCUUCAAGUAUAAAAUUUGAAGAAGUCGUUGUUUCCUACCAGGCGAGUAAAAGAAUGACUGUUCUGAUGCAUGUAAAAUAUAGUUAAAUUUAAGAGGACACCGAAAUCGAUGCGAAAACUCCAUGCUACCUAUUUGGUCAUUUUUGUGAAAUAUUUCUUUUGCAGGCGGCCGGACAGAAGUUCUUUCAAAAGCCGGCAUCCUCCCGUAACAUAAUUAUUGCAGGAGUAUGCUGUGUGGGGAUUAUCUUUAAAACCCUACUUAGGUAAUCUUUAUGAGUCCAAACCGCAUUUCAUAAUCUCGGCUAACAUUUCAUGACUUAGGGCAUCUAUUUUGCGUGCCAGAUAAAGAAAAAAUUUCGUGGUUGCUGUUGUAUGAGUGUGGUCAAGAUGCCUUAGUGUAGUUACGUGAGUAAAAUUACAACAAUGCAAUACCUUUUCUACACCUGCAGAAUAUCGGUGAAACACGUGUCUGGGCUUUUAGUUAGUACCUAUCUUGAUAGUAUGGUAUAAUACGUUCGAUACAUACAUCUCAUACUACUCGUAGUAUUGCUAGAUUGUAGAGUGAGCAUUACGUGGUUAUUCCAUAGUAGUCGAUUGUCUUAGACUCAGAUAUUCAUUGAAAUUUCAGUUCCGACCCUAAAGGUCAUGUUCCAGGGACUUAACUCCAUGUCCGGCAUUCAGUAAUUUCUGAAAGCAUUCAUUUGACUAUCAUACACAUAAUGGUAGGGGGCGCUCACCGAUCGUUCAUACGGAACUCACUCGUUCUGUUGUGCCUUAAGGGCUCCCUCUCGAGCCCAACCAGCAGCCGCACAGCGGCGCAUCAUAUAGGCAGAAUGGUAUUGCCUAUAUCAUGCACCGCUCUGCGGCUGCUGGUUGGGCUCGAGAGAGAGAGCCCGCAAGGCACAACGGAACGAGUGAGUUCCGUAAGAACGAUCGGUGAGCGCCCUCUACCAUUGAAUAUUCCUCAAUCAAGACCGACAGGGCAACGGGCUCGUGGCCCAGUGAGUAGAGGAGUGGACUUCUAACUAACAGAACGCGUGCUCGAGCCUCGGGUGUUCCACACUUAGGGGUUGGGUAUGACUGGCUGACGACGGUUGAUAAGCCAGAAAUGGCCAUUACAGUCUCCCUUGUCUUUGUCGGUAAUACCACUCUGCAUAUAUAUAUACAUAUAUUAAUUGCAAAAGCAGUGUCCCUUUUAAAUAUAUAUAUAAUAUAUAUAUACACAUUUAUAUAUAUUAUAUAUAUUAGUUAUAUAUAAUAUAUAUAAUAAUAUAUAAUAUAUAUAAUAUACAUGUUAUAUAUUAUAUAUAUAUACGGAACGAGCAUGUUCCGUAACCUGAUCGGUGAGCGCCCACUAUCAUAAUAUAUUUAUAUAUAUAUAUAUUAUAUAUAUUAGUUAUAUAUGUAUUAUAUAUUAUAUACAAUAUAUAUAACUAAUAUAGAUAAGAUGGUACCGACAAAGACAAGGGAGACCGGAAUGGCCAUUUCUGGCUUAUUAGCCGUCAUCAGCCAGUCAUACACAACCCCAAGUGUGGAUCACUUGAGAUUCGAACCCGGGAUCUUUGGUCACGGAGUUUGACGCUCUACCAUUGAGCCACGGGCCCGUUGUCCUGUCGGUUGUGAUCGGGAAUAUUAAUUAUGAUAGUGGGCGCUCACCGAUCAGGUUACGGAACAUGCUCGUCCCGAUCACAACCGACAGCACAACGGGCCCGUGGCUCAAUGGUAGAGCGUCAAACUCCAUGACCAAAGAUCCCGGGUUCGAAUCUCAAGUGAUCCACACUUGGGGUUGGGUAUGACUGGCUGAUGACGGCUAAUAAGCCAGAAAUGGCCAUUCCGGUCUCCCUUGUCUUUGUCGGUACCAUCUUAUCUAUAUCUACUACUAGUCGCUGUGCGACUGCCUGCGAGGGUUCUAGUAUGAGCCCCAAGGCACAACGGAACGAGCAUGUUCCGUAACCUGAUCGGUGAGCGCCCACUAUCAUAAAUAACUAAUAUAUAUAUAUAUGUUGCAAAAGCAGUGUCCCUUUUAAAUUCGCGAAUUAUAGAGGAUCAAGAUUUGUAAUACCACAAAUUUCUUAGAGGUUCUGCUCUUUCGGUUAGCACAAAUUCUCCCCGGAGUAAGUUACCCCGGUCAUAUACCACACUUUUGUCUUCGUUCGCCUCUACCUGUGAAAAGCGCUUUAGACAUCGUUUUCGGAAGAGUUUUCCAGAAUCCAUCGCGGUCGAAUGUGUUGAGGACCAAUUUUAAGCCUACGAAGCCCAUGAACUGAACUUGCGGGUAUUUUUCUCGUAGUUGACUGGCGGCGAAUAUCAAGUCGGUAAUUCCGCAGCUCCUUCGGAAUCCACAUUGGCAUUCAGGGAGUAGCCUUGCUCUAGGCGAUGGUUCAGGUGACUGAGUAGGAUACGGUCUGAGAUUUUGCCUGUGACAGUAAGAAGAGAGAUGCUACAAUGGUUAUCAGAGAGUUACUGGUUCAUUGUACAGGCCAGACGGUGGGGCGUUCUUGAAGUCCUGAGGAGGUCCGGAACGGUCAUUUCCGGCUUUGGCGACCUUCGAUGUAACUGCACUGAAGCAUAAAAAUACAGGUUGUCUUGUCCCGUAAAGAAAUACAGAGGGUGGCCUAACAUAUAGAAUGUUCCUAAAUCAAUGCUUAGUGUCGAAUCAAUCGAGCACCGACCUAAAUGCAUCGAGUAAAACUCUAUAUUAGUAAUGAACGACCAUUACAUAGAUGAAAAUGCAAAAAUCGGGUACCGGCAGUAAUACUGGCUUGGUUGGAAAUGAUGGUCAGUUUGAGAAUAAUGGAAAUGAGGAAAACACCGCAAAUAGUGUCAGAUGAGUUAGCUCAAGUUGUAGACGUGUACAAAGCCUGGCAUAUGCAAAGCAAUGUCUAGAACCUAUUUUUGCGUGUAGUUGUAUCGUAAAGCGCUUUCGUUUGGUUAUUCGUUGCAAAAUUUCUCUUCGAAAACUUAAUGUACUUUUGGCAAGAUAAGGUUAGAUGGCCCCAGCUGAUGAACUGUUGAGGUUGGGACUAGGCUUUAGGGUUGGGGGUCAGGCUUUAGAUUUAUGAGUCAGGGCUAGGGGUUAUAGUUGGGGGUUAAAGUUUGCCAUUAGGACUAGGGAUUGGGGAACUAUUUCUCAACCACUCAAAGCACAACUAUCAUUUCCAAUGGGUUUUCUUUUGCAUACACUUACUCGAACUCUUCACUUUUGCGUUCCUCGGCCCCACCUGUAUAAACCCCAACUACCACCGUUCCGUAUUGCACGCGGCUGGGGUUUGUUUACCUGAGGUGCGGCCACAUAACCAUAUAUGACCGUAAUUUUUCGUUUCAUAUAACUCGAAAUGGAUUUGAGGCAACGGUGACGCCUGUGACUGCAUUUGCGGGUUCUUGUCCCAUUUUCUUUUUGCCGGCCGGUCACUCAACAAGUAACAUUCUGAGAACUUUCAUUUCUGUAAGGUUCCUUUCGGUGAAAUCAAGCAAACAUCGGACCGUGUUUUACGAGAACGGCGGUAAAGGCAGUUUUACGGGUGGGUAGCACACAAGACAGUAAGCUGGCGAAAUACAAGAAAACAUUGAAAUGGUCCAGGUUUUUGCUGAAAGUCUAACCAUACGCAUUCGUACGGCAACGUAAAUGAACGCGUUAACUGGAAAAUAAACAAAAAUCAAAUUUCAAAAAUAGCAGAGUUUGAGUUAUAAUUUGAGUUUAUAGAGAGUUAUUGUAGUUAACGGUGUAAGAUCUGCUGAGGCCAACAAAUGGACGCCAAAAUAAAACACCAUAUGAGACAGUCAAAGGUCUACCGUGAGUUAAGUGGAGCCCUUCACCCUACCGUUGUCGAGUUUUUGAUUAAGGCAAGGCGAUGUUUGCUCGAUUCCACCGAAUGCGGUCAUGAACACGUGAUUUUCUGUGUCAGGAGUCAUUUUUUCUGAAAAAUUACUGUGCGAUUUUUGGGAGCAGGGAGGUCCGUAGAUUUUUGAGGUUACCUGUUAAUGUCAUUGAACACUUCAUGCUUUUGAGUGCUCUCAAUCGACUGAUCAAGAACAUAUGUUCUACAGUUUAUGUCUACCAAAACCUUCAGGAUAAGACAGUUAUUGAGACAUUUUACGUAGGCGGUUACUUCGUAGGCAUCCAUUUUGCGGAUGGCAGCUUGGGUCAUGACCUUAGACUCGCCCAAGCGUGAAAAUUCAUCGCUCGGAAAGGUAACGUCCACAACGAAUGCCUGAAAGAAGUAUGUUCUUGAUCAGCCAAAGACCUCCGGUGAUUUGCCUCAUUAAGUUUGCUUUCACAGGAUAGUGCCCUGAAGAAGGUCUGCGCAAUUUCAAGGGAGAAAUAGCAAAGCUUUUCCAAAAUAUACCGACAGUUUUUCUACCUCUGCCAAAAACCAUAUUUUUUCUGUUUGGAACCACUUAUGUCAUAUUUGCUUGAUUUGGGUUCUCGUUUGCCGACUAUAAAUGCGCUACAGUAUAGUGCUUGAACUGCUACUGCUCUGACCUUUCUGUUCCCGAGAAACGGAUUAGCAGAAAUUAGGUGGGUAACGUUUUCGUGACUGAUUGCAAAGUGCCUAUAAAGGUUAUAAAAAACAACUGUGCGUUAAAAUAAACGUUAAGCUGUCGGUGGUAUUACUGCUUUCUAGGGGGAAAAGUCGCGAAGAUUUACAAAACUCCAUUUGUAGGUAAAGAACAUGUUUCUAGAUUUUGCUCCAAAAUUAUGUGCUCAUUCAUAUCCUGCUUCGCCUGACAUGCAUGCAUCAAAAAAAUUAAUUUUCAAAUGCUCAAAUGUUCGCCCGGUAAAACUCGCCAGUUCUACACUAAUGCACAAGCUUGAAUAAAAACAGUAAUUAGCAUAAAAUUAUCUGAAUGUGAGGCUUUGUUGAUUUACACUCAAAGUUCUAAAUCCCUUGCUCAGUAGACUAGAGAAAAGGUCCUUUUUCGGAGCAUGUUAGGCAAGUUAGUAAAAGCUGAAACGUUUGAGAUGCCCAGAACAGACCAUCAUCAUGUCACCUACAAUCUGCUCAUUAUGCCACUACAGCGUGGACCCUAGACCUCGAACGCCAAGAUAGAACGGAAAAGACAGUAAACUCCUUGUUCAGGCGAUAGCAUCACCCUCUGGGCUGCUUUCUGGAACCCGUCUUUGCUUCUUAGCCUCGAUUGCUGGACCAGAACAUCCUAACAUUUCACACCUACCCUUGAAUCCAUCAGCAUAAAUGCACUAGGUGAGCUAACUCAUGAAAUGUCAACCGAAAUUCCAAAAUGCGUUUUCUUUUCGAAAAGAUUAAUUAAGUAGGGUUGUAAAACUAGUCAGUCUGCAACAUAAUUCUAUAAUAUUUCAGACACCUCAGGAUGCCGGCUUUCGAAAGAAAUUCUUUCCAACUGCAUGAAAAAACAAUACUCUGUAAAAAUGACUACUUAAAUAGCCGAAAAUUUUCCCAUCGAUUUUCGCUGCCCCUAAAAAUCAAAUUAUAUUUCAUGGAAUAAGUCCGUAAAAAUAUUCAUUCUUUUGCUCAUUCGGUGGAAAUUUAAGUAUUUUUUUAAAAUUUAUACUCGAAGGAGGGACAUAAAUCGGUUUUUAAAAAUUUUCUAAUUGUAGGACUUUAAAUACCGUGAAAUGGCCGUCCAAAAAUCUUCAUGUCUCUGCAUUUACAAAUGUGGCUUGUAAAGUUAACAAUAUGGAUCAAACUCACUGCUAAAUUUUAUGAACCCUAAAUGAUCUCCUCGUAAUACCGUUGAGAAAUGUGUGGUUUACCGGACGCGGAAUGUUUACGGCUUGUAGUUUGGAAACCCUGAAUGCAAAUGUAACGGUAGAGCGGGUUCAGAAUUAUUCGGGAACUAGAAAAGUUUUUUAAAACCAAAUUAUACCCUACCUUCGAGUAUAACAUUGUAAAAAGACAUUAUUUGCUACCGAAUUAACAAAAGAUUGAACGGUUUUAUGCAUCUUUUCUAUGAAAUAUGAUUGAAUUUUUAACGACAUCGAAAGUCAGUGAGAAAAAUUCACGCUACUUAAGUAGUAAUUUUUUGCAUUAAGUUUUUGCAUGCAGCCGGUCGGAAAUUCUUUCGAAAGCCGGCAUCGAAAUGAAAAUGUAUUUCAGAAUUCCGAUUGACAUUUCAUGAGUUAGUCCACCUGUUGUACUGAAGUCACACUUUUGCCCUAAGUGUUUAGUCCCUGAACUUGGACAAUAAAUUUUAAAGUAUUAAUUAUUGCAUGUACUGUAAGAUUAUGCUGAUUAUGCUUCAAGUCUUUCUACAGAACAUUGUGUUAGCUUCUACUAAGACGGGCCAGACAUCCACAUAGUUGGUUACCAAAAAGGUUCUCCCGGUGAACCGUUCACGUGACCUAGGUCUAUGGGGAAUAUGCAUUGACAAACAGCAGAUGGAGAAUCUCCCUUUGCCAGGAUAUUUUUACAUAUCAAUAUUCAUUUUCCUUAUCUUUUCCCAGUCAGAGCCAGGAAUGAAAUUAAAGCGAUUUGCUCAGUGAAAAUCAAAAACAUUGUCAUUGUAAAUUUUGCUAAAUUCUAGGCAGAAUUUUAUGAUUAUAAAUGCGCCACAGUGUGGCUAUAUAAAUGCCAAAAUAUUUAUCAAACGGUAAACGCAGUACCCGUCAAUUCCGUCUGCAAUUCCUAUUGACUAUAAUUUUACGUCACAAAAUGCAAGCCGCCCGUAUUCAAAAACAUGAAAAACCAUUCCGGUUGAUGACGUUUAACAGUUGCUUGUGUAAUGUUUGUCCAAGGUUGCAAAUUUGUGAUGGUGGUGUUUUUGUUGUUUAGGUAUUUAAAAAUAUCAAAGUUUUAGAAUCAAACUUUUUGAAGCAGAAUAGGCUUCUGUUUUUGAAAACAGCAUGAAAAUGUACGUAUUCUACUCGCCAAACUUAAACAGGCGGAAUAUGGCGCUGACGGGGAGUAUUAUAACAAACUCUUCUCAUUUUGUAUACUGCCGUUUAUAUUACAAUGGUGCAAGAAAAUUCGCAGAUGCGAUCCAGAAUAUUUAUUAGCGAAGAAAUUGGUUUUGGUCGAUUCUCCUCCAAACUGUGUACCUUUUUGCUAAUAAAGCAACUUGAGUGUGAGAAACGGGCAUUUCACGCAAAGCAUUACGCUACUAAGUAAGAUUUACGACACCCGAUGCAUCUUACACUGAUCAUCUGGAUCCCGGGGUCAAGGUGGUUCGUCCGCACCCUCAUCUGUUGUAGGCAUUUUCUUGGAAACGCUGUUCUCUUAAUGGCAAAAUUUAUUUCCUUCUUGGGUUGGUGGCAUUCAUGGGAAUAUGAUUAAUCGCAGGAUAAGAUGGAUGAGAAAAGUCAUAUGUAUGUACGUCUGGGAAGAAAACAUAUGUUUGCUUGUAUGUGUGCUGAUAGAACACAGCAGUUUUUAUGCAUAAAUGGGCCGCAGAUUCUCGCCCGAACAGUGCUAUUCCUUUAGGAAGUUGAUCCAAAUCAUGUGCUUUUUGUGAUUAUUUAUAAUCUUGGCUAAACACGCUUAUCGUCAGAACACCGUCAGUAUUCCGUCCAGGCCGCCGAGCUUGGAAAUUUACAAAAUUGCAUGCACAAACAUCUAACAUCGAAAAUCAAAACACUUAAUCCUAUCCCUAAAAUAGACUCCGCGCCCCACGCCUAACCUUAGCUCCCAAUUUAAACCUGAUACGUCGAAAAACGGGUAAUGUAGAUGGAUAAGAGGAACAGCAUGAGCAUUUAUGGAGAAAGCAACUCAACAGCCAACGAACGAAAUAGCCGACUGUUCAGUAAAUAUGUUUCACUUGCAAAACAGUAUAAAUUGCAGUCAAAAAAUGGCCUUAUUUGCAAAACUGUCAGUAAACAUAGCUUCCCAAAUGACAUGUUAAACGCAGGCGUGGUACGUUCAAACAGUCCCUGCCUAAUUCUGUCAAUUUAUCAGGAGGAUUUUAUCCGCUAUCAGGCUCUUCUUCUUCUAGUUACUAAAAUGCAAAAUUUCAAGUGCAAUUUUGAGUGCUUUCCGGGAAAAUUAACUCUAUUUUUCUAAUUGGCUACUUAGCUUUGAGUGUUUUACGUCCGUUAGAUUUCAAGCCUGCCCCACUUGAGUACACCGCUUGAACGCCAGGCGCUUGAACUUGCUGCCCUAAGUCCGAAAAAGCUACCACCGUCACGAAAGCUUUCCUAGGUACGACGUAAUAGUAGGACGGAGGCUAUUCUCGACUAAAUUAUGUGUACUGGUCGACGUCGAGAGUCGACAUCAUUUAUGACCCCUCCGGGUAUGUCUCGACUGUAGGGAAUUGCCAUUUGAGAAACUUUAUCGCCAGUCCUGCAGGACAUAAUCCUAAUAAAGCCUUGUGUGUGGGAGGGCUAGGUUCUAAGCUUUUUUCUAGAUCAUACACUCGAAAGAAUUGCAUAUUAAUUGGGUUCCCUGAGGAUUGAGCGUAGUUAAGUUCAGCCUUCAACCACCGACCCACGGAUUCGUUGUUCAUACGGUUUCGGUCGGAAAUGUUAUGUCCAAAAGGACGUUUACCGAUCGCGUUUCAAGGUCCGUUCGUCUCUGUAUGCGUUGGGACUCGAUCCACAGUUCCUCAGGCAAGCGUAAAGCGAAUAAUAUUACAAAUAAAAUGAGAUUACCGAAAUAAACGAGGGAAACUGAAUAAAUGGGUGUUUUGGCUUGACCUAACGGUGAAAACAUCGACAACCUAGGUAGGAGUUGAACCCAUGACAGCAAGGGAAAGGCUACAGUAUAUCCAACGCUCUAACCACCUGUUGGUUUAGAAGUCACCGCCUCUACUCACCGGGCCACGAGCCCGUUGUCUUGUCGGUUUUCAAACGGGAAUAUACAAUGUUAGGGGGCGCUCGCCGAUCGUUCAUACGGAACUCACUCGUUCCGUUGUGCCUUAAGGGCUCUCUCUCGAGCCCAACCAGCAGCCGCACAGCGGCGCAUGAUAUAUAGGCAGAAUGGUAUCACCGACAAAGACACCCCCUAAGGCACAACGGAAAGAGUGAGUUCCGUAUGAACGAUCGACGAACGCCCCCUAACAUUGUAUAUUCCCGUUUGAAAACCGACAAGACAACGGGCUCGUGGCCCAGUGAGUAGAGGCGUUGACUUCUAAACCAACAGGUCGCGAGUCCGAGGCUCGGGUGUUCCACACUUCGGGCUUGGGUAUGGCUGGCUGACGACGGUUAAUAAGCCAGAAAUGGCCAUUCCAGUCUCCCUUGUCUUUGUCGGUGAUACCAUUCUGCCUAUACAUCAUGCGCCGCUGUGCGGCUGCUGGUUGAGCUCGAGAGAGAGCCCUUAAGGCACAACGGAACGAGUGAGUUCCGUAUGAACGAUCGGCGAGCGCCCCCUAACAUUAUAUAUAUGUAUAUAUUAAAGGACAGACAUAGCCAACAGUAUAACUUGAGGACAAACAAUUUAUUUGGGAAAAAUACCAAAUUUUAUUUGGCAAAUUUUAAACGUUGGUUCCCAGGUCGUGGUCAAACGUCGAGAAGUCGGGCAAUUGAGCAAAAAUAGUUAUCACUUUAAACUUUCUUACAAAGUCGAUACUUGAUUGAAGUUUGAGCUAUUAAGCAGUUGCCUUGUGCGUCAUUUUAUAUCGAUUGGUUCCUGUCUGUUUCUUUUUUUCCUUGAGAGUCUUGUGCACUACAUUUAAAUCAUAUUGUUGAUUGAAAUUUAAAUAAUCUGAGUGCCUAACUUGAGGAACUCUCGGUCUUUCUUGGAAAACUAGACAUCGAUGAUGUCGUUUUAUGCCAAUCAUAUUUUUGCUCGAAAUCUAGGGUAUCCACGGCUGCUUUGAACAGACGAUAAGGACUCUUUGCCGAUAAUUCGUGAUAGCGGAUACGUGUAAAAGCUCGUUUUUCAGCUUGAUCACAGUAUGUUGCGUCGCGGACGUCACAUGGGAUUUUUAAAGGAUUUGCCUCUUAUCCAGAUAGCAAAUCCCCUCCUUAGGUGCACAAGCUGAAAGUAUGGUGCAGUCAUCGGGCUCUGCGCCGCUUGGGUGUGGUGUUUUCUUACGUCCUUCUAACUAAUUCAUACCCAUUCGUUGUGCUUGGAAGAUCCACCUGAUAUUGGGUUUGGGAGCCCGACUCGAAAUUUCUGGUUCCUUGCCUUUUGACUGUUAUUGUUUUAUGCAUUGACGUACACAAUCUUCAAGGUAAUCAUUUGAUAAAUUAACUCGAGACAGGUAAUUCAGCACGACCUGGUAAAUAUUUCUUCAGAACAAUGUAUUUUCGAUCGCCGAAACAGCCCAUCGACAGUACUCUGUUUAAGAUAGAUUGGGCAAUUGCUCUCAUAGUGUAUAAUGGCUUUGGCAUAAAUUUUUUGCGGUAAACGGACGCACGUAAUGCUCUGUCAGUCUUUUGCCAUGUGAAACCAUCUAACAGUGGGAGUUAUGGCCAAAUUCUUUUUCGACUGUGAAUUUAUUUCCUGGGAUUGUUGAGUUGCUGUUUUUGGGAGGGUUUCAGCUGAUCUUUUUUAAAUGACAACAGAAACCUCAUCUGCGGCAUAACUUGCAGUUAACUAGUACAAGAUUUGAAUAUCCUAGUUUCCACACUCUCAACUCUACAAGAGGGGCAGAUAUAGGCGACCCCACUGAAGCUCCGUUCAGGUGUGGUAGAAUUGACAAUCAAAUAAACAAAUGAUUUCUAAACAUAGGGUUUUGAAUUAAAGUAAAACAGUUGCGUGGACAUCCAUAUUCGUCUAUGCAUUGUUUUAUUAAAUCUUGCGGUGAGUUCAUGAACGAAGGAUCAACGAAGGAGCUCGCUAUUUAGCCAGCAGAAAUUAUGGUUCUGUAGAGUUUCCAGUUGAAGUUCCCCAAUCCCUUCACUUCGAACUUUUGUAACUAGUUGCAUCGAUUAAUGAUACUAUUGGGACUACAAGUUUACAGGCAUUAGGCAGUCCAUAGAGAUUACAGAUCCUUGGUUCUGUUUGUGUUACAGAUUCCGCAAUAUUUCUGGGCGGUUGUUUUUCCCCUGUAAGCUGCCUCGUCAAUUUAUCAGCUGCUAGGCUCUAUGGAAAGAGGUUUAUAAACUGAACUACCUUUUUCUAAUGACGGCAUCUUUGAAUUAUGCUCUGUUUUGUUCAAAAUCUCAGCUGUGCCUCCUUUGUCGUCGGGACGAAUGACGAUGUUUUUCCGUAUUUGGUCUCUUUAGUGUUCCUCGCUCUUCAUGCGAUAGUGUUUAAAACCGAUUUCAAUUUUUGAAGCCUUGUAUAAUACAUUAGAACGCGGUGUGCAAAUCAAUGCAUGCCCCAGCUGAGCGCAUUGUAUCCAGGCAUUUGCAGCCUUUUCUUAUUGGUCAUGCGCAAGCAGUGCGAGUGUUCUCCCACGCAAACUUGUUCGCAGUGCCCAGUGCGUGCAUGAACGUCUGAGAUACGUGGUCUCAUCUCCUCAUCCCUAGCUGACGUUCCUGUAUACAGGUUGAGACAGGCGUCUCAGAAAUCGAUCUCGGGGGCGGAGCCUAUGUAGAGCUUACUUUUACGCUCGUUAUUACAUCACGACAAUAGCCACAACAAGCAUAGUUUCAUCUGAGUAUUGCUGCGCUACGUCAACACACCACGUGAAGCAAAUGACACCAUACCUGGUGUACUUGCCUUUCCACCGUAUGCUUGCUCUAAUUUCUACACCGAAGUCAGUCAAACACUGGGGAACAAAGACGACUCAAAAUGGAGAUCUAGAGGCGUUGCCCUACAUUUCGCAGUGUCUUAGAUGCCGCUAAGCACUUUCUAGAAUUAAUUAGCAUGAUGUAUCGCAUGUCGAAACAGCCCUAAAGCUCGUUAUCGCCCGAGGACACGCCCGUAUAGGUCGGCGUAACUGUCUGCCUGACUGCUGUAGGAUGACCGACAAACAAGUUCAUGUGUGCUCACGAUCAAGUCCUUGCUAUGGGGCGCAAAGAGUAGUGCUCACAUGCCGUUAUGAUCACUCUUAAAAACAGGUGAUUGGACAGGCGCGGACCAAGACGAUGCAGAAGCAGCCUAGCAUUGGUACUUUGAAUGCCACUCAAGUAACUCAAGCCCAGUAUUAAGCUGUGAAAUCAAGACAGAUUGGUGAAUUCUACUUUCAAGCAUCCGAUGGGGUGAGCCGUGGGAAUAGUGACCUAGAAUGUUGCUCUAUGGCUAGGUGAACUCCGUAUAAUGCCCCAUGGUUCUUUAGACCGUGAUUUUUCAACCGGUGCUCCUGCACGCUUCACUCAGAUUUCAGACCGUUCUCCCCACCUCGAGGCAUUCAAUUCUAACUCGGUGGGAACCACGAUCCGCAGUAGUUAACAGACUUCGUGAACAGACUACCUUUGAGCAGGUAUGGAGAACUGUUACUGCUCACCAGGGAAACUUUUUAUGUCUUGAGUCUCCCCACAGGGGUGUUUUCACGUAGGUCUCAGAUUAAAUCACCUGCCGACCAGAUCAACAUCGUAGUUGGCUUGACAACCUCUAUGUUUUUGAGUACUGCUGUAGGAGACCUAGUUUCACAAAGGGUAAUUAACAUUUGUUACUUCAUGGGCUACUAAGAACUGACUUUUCAUAAGACAGUUCGAUCACAACGAACGAUAAUAUCCCCCGACUGUCCCAAAGCGUUUUGAGCACUGGGCGGUGGCUUGAGUGUGAAUUAGUUUCUGGUGGGCAGACUUGCGAAGUGUCUGUCACACUCUCUCUUCUCUCACCCAUUUAGACCCGGUGACGACUGGAGGUGGACCCAGGCGCAGUAGCCGACAAAAUCAAACGGCCCAUGUACAUGUGUCACACACGACUCGGACCGCACCAAAGUUGGAGCGUCAUUGAGACCAUAUUCAUAAGAAGUCAUAAAGUCUGACGUCCUCCCCCCCCCCCGUUGAUCACAUACACUCAGUGUCGACCAGGAUUACUGAGUUGCAUAAUCGGUUGACAGGCAGCCUUCCAAGCCCCGACUUUUGGCGCCUCGACGGUUAAAUCUCUCGCCGCCUCGACAAAAAUCACAGUUUCCAUGUCAGUCUGGAGGAUUGUGAUUUUGUCGUUAGGAGACCGAGUUUCACAAAGGAUGAUUAACAUCCGUUGCCUUUAAGAUCUACAGCACGUCGAUCAUCACGAACGUUGAUGUUCGUCAUGUGCUCCUCGACAUGAUGGGCGCAAGACAAUGGCCUGUGCACGAAUUAGUUCACGGUGAAGUUGAAUUUUGAAUGUGUGACCUGGCACGGUGACGAAUGCGGUCAGAACGACCCGUCUACGCGUGCCACUCACGACCCCGUUAUUGCACACUGAAACAGACCUUCAUGGAGGCUGGCUCGGAUCCCAUGAAAUGAGGGAUAGCAGAAAUGUCUGCCAGGGGAUAGACUCAGUUCUGCUGUGGUUAGGCACUCUUUCAAGACGGAACGCUAAGGAAUAUCCAACUGGAUACCGUAUCUGCCUACAUCCCACAGAUAAUUGGUGUCCCUCACCCUACCGUUGCCUUGCCCUGUAUGUCAUGGUUAAAAAUAAUUCAGCCGUUUAAAGCAUCGCGGGUAUUUCUGGAGUUCAGAUGGGGCACAUGAUGAAGGUAGAGUGAGUCCUACACGUCUCGCCAUGCGGUGCGCUCAACUUCGUUACCAGUCGGUGGAAAUGCCCGUAAAAUCCAACGGUGUUUGAGAUAGUAAACAGGUUGAGAAAGGCCGAUUCUCUCAUGCAGAUACUACUUUUUUGACGAACUAGGCAUUGAUUCAGUGUGAAGAGACUAAGAGACUUUAUAGGGCGCUGUUACUAGGACUUCGAAGUAAGAUAUUUAAUUCGUGGGAAUUUCAAGUGAUACGGCGGCGGAAAAAAUUACGUGCUGUGGAGGACUAUUGCAGGGACAGGGGUGAGCUAUAGCUCAAUCUACUCUGAGGACCCGCGUCCCUUCACCUCCGGUCUUUUUGACUCUGUCUUGACACCGGGUUCAGGGGGGGGAGAGUGGGGAUGAGAGAGUACGGUAGAUGCUACACAAGUCUGCUAUCACUAUAAGCUAAUUCACACUCAAGUAACCGUGCUUGUUGCACCUUGGUGUGUAGCACACGGUGGAUGUUGUCGGCAACGACAGUCGAACUUUAAAAAAAUCUGAAGUCUACACGUCAGUGCAAAUAUAUCAGGUUCCUUGUCUGAAGUUAAUUUCACAGAACUAUUUACUACUACUGCUGCCAACUUGCUCUCGAUUUUACAGAAGUCAUUAAGCUGAAGUAGGCAGUAAUUGCGAAACCCUUUUCCGCGACUUGCGUCUGGAAUAAGCGCCGUCAAUAUUCCGCCAUAUCCCUCGCAAAUGUAUGCCAUCAACGAUGUAAGAGGCAGUUGUUAAUAUUAGUUUCCCAAGUGUCUGGCCCUUCUAGGCAAGUGUAACCCUCGAUCAUUUGAUACAGAUUUAUAUCUGUAGAACAACUAAGAUGUAUAUCUGCAAAAAAGUAAGCCGUUAAGAUUUAUUUUGGGGAUAAAUUCGGCUAAAAGACUUCCAGCAGGAUAGUGGAACACUAGAAGCGGGAGCUCUUCACGACAGCCAUGCAGUCUCAUAGACGGUCCUGCCCGAAUCGAUUACUAGUCCGAUUUGAAUCCAUCACGCGGUGGGUACGUGGACCGUCCUGUGGAGGCUGCCGGGAGGUCCAGGUGAGUGCCCAUCUUUUUUUAACGGCUCUUUAAUUCCAACCAUGUCUUCCAGUAAAAGGAGACGGGGGGUUUAAUAAAACCUACCAUUAUUUUGCCAACCACGUUUUUCGAGUCCACGUCUUUUUGCAGUCUGUACUGUAUGGACGUGAUUAGUUAGUUGGGUAUGCCAAGGCCAGCGACCCCGAAUAACGAUUGGAGAGGAAGGUAGAGUGCUUAGGAACAAGUUCAUUAAAAACGUCACCCAGCAGCGGUUAAUUUUCCCUUUUAUUGAAGGUUGGGUCUACUAAGAUGCAUGUUUGACACAACGUUUGGGCUAAAUUCCCUCAUACCCUUUGACUCACUUUUCCGCACAUUAUUGUCAUGGAAAUGGGAAAUACAGUUGAUAUGCUAACUCAUGAAAUGUCAACCAACAUUUCGAAAUGCGUUCACGUUUCCAAAGGAUAAAUUAAGUAGUGUUUUAAAACCAAUCAUGAUGCAGUAUAUAUCUAUAAUGAUCCAGUUACCUCAGGGUGUCGGCUUUCGAAAGAACUUAUUUUCGGCUGCAUGCAAGAUCUAUACUCUGCAAAAACUGACUACUUAUGUAGUAUGCAAUUUUCUCAUUGAUUUUCGAUGCCCUUGAAAAUUCAAUUAUAUUUCAUGGAAAACAUCGAUAAUAAUAUUCAUCCUUUUACUGAUUCGGUAGAAAAUCCCGUCUUCUGUCAAUUUCAUACUCAAGAAAAGAGUAUAAUUCGGUUUUAAAAAAAACUUUACUAGUUUCCGAAUAAUUUUGAAGCCGAUCUGCUGUUACACUUGCAUUCAGGGUUUCAAAACUACAAGCUGCAUAUUCUCCGUGUACGGAAAACCAUGCAUUUCUCUACGGUGUUAAGAGGAGACCAUAUGAAAUUCAUAAAAUUAAGCAGUGGAUUUGAGCCAUACUGUUAACUUUACAAGCCACAUUCGUAAAUGCAGAUACAUGACGCAUCAUGGACGGCCAUUUAACGGUAUUAAAAAAUCUCGCAAUUAGAAACUUUUUUUA